UUAGUGUGCACUGUGAAGUCAUAAACGCACGCACCGCAACAGCUCACAAGAAAAAUUCGACACGAUUUUUAUUCAGAACCAUUUGUCGAAAAUAGUGUAAUAUCAUGAAAGUUCUAUUUGUUGUGGCGCUUUUGAUUGCAGCUGCUUCGUCUCUGCCACAAUUUGGGGGCUUCGGAGGCCCUGGUGGUGGAUUCGGCCGUCCUGGUAUUGGCUUCGGAUUUAAUCGUCCCGGAAUUGGUGGCGGUCCAGGCUUUGGUGGUCCUGGUUUCGGUGGAGGUCCCGGCUUUGGAGGCAUUCCAGGUUUUGGUGGCGGUCCAGGCUUUGGCGGUGGUUUCGGAGGUUCCGGUGGUCCCGGAUUUGGUUUCGGACGUUGAAGUAACGGUAUUUUAAAAAGUCGACAAAUGCUUCAUAAGGUUUAAUUUGGAAUUAAUUUUUUGUUUCAAAUGUUUAUUCAUUUUGCAAUGAUAUUUAGUCAUAGUAUACAUAUUUCUUAUUUUUUUUGGUUGUUAUAAAAUGUUUGUGAAAACAAUUGUUUCUGAAUAAUUUUCUAUUUAA